AUAAAAAGUGAAUUAAACUUGACUGUGUAAAUAGUUAUAUGAAGAUAGUGUAUGAGAAGAACAUUUUGGCACGUAGGAAGGGAGGAGACCUAAUAUAUAUAAAGCCCCUUUCAUCCAAAUCUCAAAUCUUUCCCCUCUAUCAGAUCUAUACUACCGAGUUCAACAAUGGCCUUUGAGAGGACCCUUCAACAAUUUCGAUACAACGAAGAUAAUGAUAAUGAAAUGGUGGCAGCUAAGGCGUUGGUCGGCUUAGCCCAUUCUCCUGUUUCUGGAAGCCGCUCUUCAACCGAUUCUGAAGCGUCUGAGCCUUCGCUUGACUUGUUUCUCGGCUCUCUUUCACAUCAAAACCGUGGGACUUGUGUUCCUCACCGGAAGAAAGUAGAAGAAAUUUCGUUAUUGCCGAAUGCUUUGGGGUUCAGAAAGAAGUCCCAAAUUAGCUCAAGGCUCUUAUGCUGCGAUGUGGAUUAUUCCUCAAUAAUUGGUGCCUGUAAAUCCAAACCGAUUUUGACAGAGGGGGAGAGGGAAGCAAGAAGGUUGCGUCGAGUUCUGGCGAACAGAGAAUCAGCUCGGCAAACUAUCCGACGCAGGCAGGCAACAUAUGAGGCGUUGGCAAAAAAAGCAGCUGACCUUGCGUUAGAGAAUGAGAGUUUGAAGAUGGUAUGCCCCACGCUCUUUCUCAUUUUCCCUUUCUUUUAGCUCCAUUCAAGUCAUUUUUAGAAUGUACUACCUCCGUUUCUCGAAAGAAUUCCUCUUUUGACUUUGGGGGAAAAUAAGAAAGUAUUAAAUUGUAGUUGACUUU